AUGGCCCCUCCAAGGUGGACGACGGCAGCGGAACUUUCGUGGCUGCAAAACAAAGUGCCAACAUACCUUCAGAUGCAGAAAGAAAAGACAAUACUAGAGCCAAGCCAAAACUCACCUGACAAGGACACCGAGAUCGACGAAUCUGGUCUUGACUUGGCUAAUGACGAGGUCAACACUGAGUUGGACCAUGAAAACAGUGUGAGCGACAGGGAAAAACUCUCCCAGUUGGAUGCAGAGCAGACAGAGGUGCUCAAUGCUGCCAUCAAGCAUCGACAUAAAAAAUUGCGGGAGUGGUUUCGAAACAAUACCAAAGGAAAAACUACACCUGGCGGGACCUCAACUAGCAAGAUCCUAUCUACGUUGCUUGGCCAGCGUGCACGAGGCACCCGAGACCUCAAAGAAGUCGAGGUGUACUCGCAAAUUCACUAUGAAUCUAAAGUCAAGCCCUUAGUUUCCGAUGACAUUAAGGAAAACAACCUUGUACUACCUGAUCAGAAGCUUCGUGCUAUCCGGCAGCACACAAGCGAAUGUUUUGCAAAUGAGUCAGAGGAUGUAAAGGAUGAGGUUCAUGAUGAGACUGUGCGGAUCAAUGCUGCCAGAAAGUUGGGAUCAGUUGCGGUGGGUCAAGAUCUGACAAAAGAGGAAAUUUACCGUGCCAUUCAAGAGCUGCCCAUCGUGUUGGGUCAAAUAUUUGAAGAGCUUUCAACUCUCACGGGUGGAUGGCACUACUCACUUGUUAUGGGUGGGCCUGACCCUCUAUGCGAAGGUGAUAUCAUGACGUUAAGUUAUCACCACGGUAAAUCCCUGGAGGGUUUGAGCUUCAAGACAUCGACACCAAACUUCCAUGAACAAUAUUUAUUACUGUUUGAAAAACACCUGGGUCGCAUCUAUGGGUCAGUUCCCACUUCCGCAUCCAGUUCACCUCCUCCGUCAACUGUCAACCUCAUUUCGCCAUCCGCACCCAGUGCGCCUCCUCUAUUGACUAUGGAUUUCAUUUCAACAUCUGCACCCAGUGCGCCUCCUCUAUUGACCAUGGACCUUUCGACAUCCACACCCAGUGUGCCUCCAUGGACCAUGGACCUAAUUUCGCUAGACCAGCCGUCAGACCAGUCAAGUGCCCACCUACUUCAAGGGCAGGAGUUCAAUACUUCUGGUCUGGUACUUGAUCCACCCCAAUGGAAUGGAUGGCAAAGUCACCCGGACCCCAACCCAUCUUACAUGUCUUCAAUGGCUCCAGACUCGCCGAUCACUGCUUGGAGAAGGGACUAUGGGUUCAAUGGAAAUGCGACUAUGUCUGCCGCACUCCCAAGCGCCAUCAUGCAGCCUCAACUGCCAUAUUCCAAUGCAUUGCCCACGCAUGACCUUCCACUUACAGGCACAAUCCCAUUGCUCCAUCAACAUUCACUGCCAGUCUCUUUACCUGAACCUGCGCUGCCGGUCUCUUUACCCAAUCAUGUGCUGCCGGUCUCUUUACCUGAACCUGCCCUGUCAGUCUCUUCACCACAAACUGUGCAGCCGGUCUCUUUGCCACAGCCUGUGGAGCCAGUUGCCUUGCCACAACCCGCGCUGCCACUCGAACCUGACCAGGUCAUGUUGGCGCAUAAUUCAAAGCCGUUGACAUCCUCCAAACACACCAUUGCAACCCAAGCUAGGCGCUCGGGAUGCCCAGGACGUCCUUCAACUCGAGCAGAGGAAGCUAACAAAAUUGGUGAUACCAGCUCACAGCAAGUGACGAAGGCGGCACCUAAGAGAAAGCAGAACGCGGUACAGCCCCAUGCUUCAGAGUCUCGAAAAAAGUCUCGGAAAUGA